AUGGAUAUUUUGGAGCUCGCUGAAUUGCUCGCUGCCCAGACGAACAUUGAGCCGAGGCAACAUCCUGUUCGAGCAUCGCCCUACAAUCUCUGGCUGGGCAACUACACGUUCACUACGCCACUCACCAAGAUGACUGUACGACUGCUGGCCCCAGUGAUCAAGAGCAUUCUUAUAUCUCACACGAAGCCACUGCUACCUGCUCGUUCGGACCAGGCAGAUCUGGUGUACCCCUUCAAGAACAACCCAAGUUACGCGCUGUUCGAGUCAGGAGCCCCAGAGACUGUGAAGAAAGUGCUUACCCGCUGCAAGCAGGAAGGAGUCACGUACUCGGGCGCUCUUAGUGCCGCCGUCAUCUUGGCUUACUACUACGCUUCCCAGACUCAUCACUCAGUGGCGCUUACUGAGCGCUUCAAAGUCACGCUAACCAUGAGCACGAAUCUGCGAACCCGCCUUUCCACGCCUGUACCAGAAGAUGUUGUAGGCAGCUAUGCGUCGCUGGUGCCAUUGGAUAACAUCAAGAAUGGACUGAAAUCCCCGGCUGUGGCCUUCACGGACAUCUUUAUGGACCAAAACUUUAACUCUGCAUCCGUGUCCACAGCCUUUUUAAAACACGUCAUCAAGAACUCGUGCAGUGGAGACGUCAACAUCUCCAACAUCGGUCGAUAUCCGUAUCCGACAGUUCACGAGCUCGGCAAUGCUGGCGAGCUUUCUGUUGAGAAUCUGUUUCUGUAUGAGUCUGUGCCGUUCUUCUCGAUGGGGACUCUCAUGUACGUGUCGACGGUCAAGAGUUUCAACUACUCGAUGCUGCACAAAUACGAGGACGACGAUGCCAAGCGGCUGUUCCAAGCUUAUGUGGCUUUCGGCGAGUGUAUCGGUGAUGUAGAUCGACAUUCCACUAUGGCUGAUGUACUCGCCAAAGUGGUGCCGCUGUUGGAGUAA